AUGCAAAACGGUUCAAUAAGAGACGAUAUGCUCAGCGCAUCAUCAGUUCAUUCAAAAAGUAACGAAGCCUGGGGACGACUCCAUCACUCGGGCGGAAGUUGGACGCCGAACACGGAUGACAAAAAUCAGUGGUUUCAAGUGAACUUUGACCCUGAGCUGAAACGUAUCACUCAUAUCGCCACACAAGGAUACGGACAAUCGCAGUGGUGGUGGGUUAAGAAAUAUUUCGUCCAAUUUAAAAGGCGAGGAGCUUCAUCUCUUGAGACAUACAAGGAAAACAAUCAAAGAGUGGUAGGUUAACGCUAUGACUAGGAUCAAUUUUCUCCUGACAAUCAGUGAUCGAACAUCAUCAAGAAAAAAGAUUAUGAGGAUUAUUAAAAUGAUCGCCAAUGGGCAAAUGUCUUAUCUUCUAUCAAAUUCUUUUAACUACGCUUCUGUUCAGAUGGAUCUAAUUAAAAAUUUACAACUCAGACAAUAAAUUGCGAAAUUGAGAUCAGGAAACCAUGUUUUAAGAAUCAAAACCUGUAGACUGACUGUGUCUCAAAAAUUCCUGAAAACGCUAGAAUAUGUCAACACAGUUCCGUAAUGAUAUUGAGAACGAAUUGCACUUCAUCUUUGAUUGUAGUCUUCCCAGCCACGCAAGAGAUUAUAUGAUGACAUUACUUUUACCCGAACUUUACUAAUCUCAAUACAAUAGAUUAAAACAUCGUUUGUUUAAGACCCAUUCAUUUGUGAGAGAACUAGGUUAUUUCAUUUUUGGAGGAUUCCAGGGAAGAAAAAUUUAGACUUCAUAAAUUAUUGAUCCUGAUGAUCUUCCGCUUUUUAUUAUGAUCACUUUUCUUUUUAUCUAGUUACUAAUCUUUUUUUAUUUUUACAUUGUUUUCCUUUUAUGCGAACACCAUCUAUGUAAAUGGCACUGCGAAAUAUACGUUGUUGUUGUGUGAAAAUCAGUCCGGAGAAAUUUUAUUUCGACACUGGGACUUAAAGGCUUAACAUAAGACUUUAAUUUCUUUUUUGACCGCGGCAGGAUUAGCUCAGUCGGUAGAGCGCUUGACUGCAGUGCGGGAGGUCGCGGGUCGAUUCCCGGGGCCGGACCAAUACUCAGGGUCUUAAACUAACUGAGAAAUGAAGGUACUCCCUUUGCCCUGCAAACGGGUAGACCUUCGCGUGACUCGGAUGACCACGUAAAAGGGCGAUCCCGUCCCCAGUAGGAGACGUAAAAAUAGUGCCCCCAAUUAGUACUUUCGUGCUAAAUACAUUGACACUCAAAUAAAAAGUGCAUUUUUUUUCUUUGUUUUAGGAUUUUACCGGCAACGAAGACAGAGAAGCUGUAGUAACGAACCAGUUUGAAAAUCCUUUCGAGACAAUUGCUGUGCGCAUAAUGCCAACUGUGUGGUACGGAAGGAUUGCCCUAAGAAUUGAACUCUAUGGAUGUGACAUUUAAUAGAAGAAACACACUGCAUGCGUCCCUCUAGUCUGCUACACAGCCGUUUUUAGUGUCGUCACGCAACGCUCCUCCCCAGGGAGGAGCAUUGCGUGACGACACUAAAAACGGCUGUGUAGCAGACUAGCGUCCCUAAGGGUCUGCAAAUAACCAGUAGUAGGAAUGUCCUCCUCGUCUUGUCAUCAUAUCCAGGCGUUGCCCAGUUCAGUGAUUCUAACAUCAAUCGCUGGUUUCAGUAGGCUGUCAACAGGGUCUGAGAAGUACUGAAGCACCUUUCUUCACAGCUACAAUCUGUUUACUGAGUGGUAACGCCUUGAAGUUCUCAGCACUGCCGGUAAAAUCCUGAAGUUCUCAGCACUGAGAGAAAGCUGAAAACAGCUUUUCUUAUUGCGUUUGUCCCGUUAUCAUGUAAAUCAAAAAGAUCAGAAGCCAAGUUUAGUGUUAAAGCUGUGGGGUAAUUUGCCAAAAAUUAAAAUUGUUACAGGUCAGUUUUCUUAGUUAACAGCUUGUCUUAUAAAGGCGUCUGUCGAGUAUAGGAGGUGCAUGCAUGUUGUGAGGAAUACAAGAGCAAGAGUUACUAACAUCUUUAAGUUCACAUGAAAUUGUGAUGCCUUAAAGUCACCCACAGAAGAUCGACGUCGGUGUUUUCUCUUGUUCAUGAACAGAAAUAACAACAUACAUGGUGCUACUUACUGAGUACCGCACGAAAAGGAAAACUUAUUUGACAGAACAAACACGCAGAAAAGGAGAUGUAUCGAAAUUCUGCUUAAUCCUCUGCACAAUUCAUUCUUCUUCGGCAUCCGAGAUUGACAGCUGAGAUAACACUACUGAGAACGGGAUUCACUAGCCUGCGUGGCAGGCGCAAAAAGGGGAGGGGGAGGGGAGAGGGAGAAAGGGAAAAGGGAAGGGAGCGCCUGCUCUAAGAGCCUAUGUUUUUGCAUAACGCCUACCAAUUUUCUAGUAAUCCGAUUACGCUUACUGUCAAUCAAGUGUCGCUACACUCGCCAUUGCAGAAAAACGUUACACUCACCGACUAAAGAAAUUCGCUUAGUUAUUCAGAUCCAGAAGGCACUUUGGAGAAAAUUGGAACCCUUAUUCAGCCGUAAUAAAAAAAGCUUUACGCUUCAAAAGAGGUCAAAGAAAUUGCGCUUGUAUCAGAGGGCAAAUCCUGCCGACCAGAAAACAAUAACUACAGUCAAUCGAUACUAUGUCAUGACCUCUCAGUGUGAAACAUGCGGCUAAAAUAACAUUUGCUCAGUAUAAAUGCAGAACCUUCCAGAGCACUACCCAGCAGACAAAAACAACUUUAUUGGAAGAAGCAGCAUUUUGGCAUGAGGUAAAACCACCCUCUUUUAUUGCUAAGUUACAUCGGCGAAUGUCAUUGUUCGAUAAAUUGGCUAAAUCACAAAGCACUCUUCGACAUCCACGUCUACGGCUGCCAUCUCGACUGUUUGUUGAUUUGUGAAACGCGCAUUUCAAUAUGUUACUCAUUACGGUUCAGCCAAUCAGGAAUUUGCAGAUAUGAAAAAAGGGGGUUCUUAGAGCAGGCGUCCCCUCCCCCUCUCCCCAAUCCCCCUCCCCUUUUUCCCUUCCUCCCUAUCCCCUACCACCUACCCCUUUCGACGCCUGCUACGCAGGCUAGGAUUCACCGCAAUUCGAAACCGAGGCUGACUAUCAUGCAGCUAAGAUAAGUUAAGCCUUCUUGUCAUUCUCAUGUACUAACUAAAUUGGUACAGCCAAAAGGUGCGUCUGUUCGACUGAAAUGAUUACCUUAAUGACAAAUUUCCAUAUCCUUACAUAUAGUACAACUCAUGUAAUGUCAAUCUUUUCUCACGGCGGAAAAUGGUAUGACCCUUCGAGUGGAGGCUGGACUUCGUGGAGGAUAUUUUACGGAUUAGCCCCGCCUGCUUAUGUGUUUACCAAACUUCAACAGACUUGUUUUGACUGAAUAAUUUGCUAAAAUUAAUGUUUGCUCAUUUUUCACCUGUUCCUUCCAUCCAAACGAAAUUGUUAUUUCGUCGGUGUUUCGUUUUGUGGCUCAUAAGUGAACGGUAUGUCUUCGUCUUUUAGAACUCAAUUCAACCCCCGGAUCCAUUUCAAGGUUUACACAACAAAAAAAUCGUAAAUACGAGAAGGAAAGAGAAGCUUUAAUGCUUCAGAUUAAAAUCGCUUUGGGGGGGCACUUGAACGCUACAGGAAAAUGAAACGUUAUAAUUAUCACUGUGGUGUUUAGUCAAUAAAAAAGUUCAAUACUGAAUAUAUAGUUGUCUCCAGCUUGUAGCAAAUAUUGAUUUAGCAAGUAAAUUUCACUCCUUUUCAUCUUGGUCGAACAUUGCUGUCCCUCCGCUGUUCAUCAAUGAGAUGAUUCAAAGACUAAAUUUUCAAAAAGAAAAUGGGUUUUAAUAAUAAGCUUGUAACAAAAAAGCAAGAUAAGCUCUCCGCUAUUUCACGCAAUGUCAGUUUUAUUAUUGUAAUUUCCCUUUGCGUGGCAGAACUAGUUACUCCGUCAACACAACUUAUUUGAAAACGGUGACAUUUAAUAAAACUGGUUAUUGUGUGCACGUAACAUAGACUGUUAUACCUAUCGACCCCUUAGACUCGUUCGAGGAGGCAAGUGAUAUUAAAUGACCAAGAUGUAAAUCAUACAAAUUAUAACCAAGAUGGCUAAAACUUUACGACAUCUCCUUCGACUAAUUUUGGGACUGGGCAACAAGAACAAUUCAAGAGGAUAGGUUGAUCUGCAGUUUGUCCUGAAACUCCUCAGCUUAAGAUGGUAAGAAAGUAAAUAUUGUUUAAUAUUCAAACCGAGACAAUACUGAAGAAGAAAAUCUUUACAUACCGCCGAUUCUUUCCAGCUGAAAAUCCCUUAUCACAUUCUAAAAUGCAAAUGACUGAAUUUUGAUCUGAAAAUUGGUCUUAGUCCUCGUAUAAAUUAAAUUAAUUUUUUCACUAGAAAACAAGGGGGGAUCAUUCCAAACAUAAUCAAUACUUGCCAGAAAAAAAGGGUUAUGAUUUCUUGCAUGUUUUGUCUGCAAACCGUCACCAGUUCGUCGAACUUUGCGAUGAUAAUUGGCCACGUCACAUCUAAAGCAAGUGAAGACCAUAAGGGUUAAUUGUCAAUGGUCCAAAAAGAAAGAAAGUCGAAAGUCGAGUAAGUUUCACAUCGUAGUCGCGUCGUGGAUGCACGGACGGCAAAGAAAUGUACCUUAAGAUUCUGAUGCACCAGCAGAUUUAAAUACAAUGAAGCCUUCAUGGCAGGCGUUGGAAAGGGAAAGGGAUGGGAUUGUGGGCGCGUGAGCAUGUGCGAGGGAGGAGUGAGGAGGGGUUUCCAUCCCUCCCCCCAUAAACCGAAAUCCCUUCCCCUCCCUUAGGUGUCGUACCCCUGCCUCGCAUGCUAAAUGUAACGACAAACUGUAAUUCUCGUUGCCGUCGCCGUUUUGUCAGCCUCGUCCCUACGGUUUUUCCUUGAAGCCCUGGGGACCAGGCUGCGUUGUGGUUGGAGGCACGCGUAAGCAGACGUGCUGCACGAUUCUCUCGCGCAUAAACUCAUAUUUUUGCUAGCUUUUUGGUAACUACUCUAGCUAUGAGUAUAUAUUGGCACAGAGUCUGGAAGGACUUAAUAAGGAGUUGAAAAAUGUUUUACUUGACAUCGUGAUAAAAUUAUAUUGAAUCUAAAGAAUUGUUAGAUAUACCACUUUUUUUUUGUAAUUUAUUGUAUUCCUCAUGUUAUGUUAUUUCUUAUUUAUUUAACUUUAUGUACUUUAGUCUCUUUCUCUUUUUCUUUAGGAUACUGUAUAAAAGCGUUGAAUUUGUAGUCCGACCAGCCUCGGCUAUCUAUGCUACCUGCGUGUUGGUCUAAAUUGUAAUUUAAAUCAUUUUAAAGACUUUGCUGUUAUUUUUGUUGUUUUUUUAUCAUUCGUACUAAUGCCACCAAUAAGUGGCAGGUGCGCAUGCUCUAUAGUAACUCAUAAUGACCUUCAUUACAGCCGACGCUAUUGGUGACCAGUCUCCUUGCUAUACUGUCUUUUCAAAUUGCUGAGCCGUGUCGCCUUCUUGAACCCGUGAGUCACCACAAACUGGUCGGUCACGUGAUGAGAACGAUUCCAGGCAUCUGUUUCGAGAAAUGUACCUAUUACUGCGAGCUUAACAUCAAAUGCAUCAGUGUCAAUUAUCUUACAAAAGCCAAAGAAUGUGAAUUGAACUAUGCAAGUAAAGAAAUGUUUCCAUCUUCCUUCGAGAAGACGACGGACUCACUUUAUGUGAACAAUAUCAGAAAGGAGAACAACGACAUAGAUCCAUGUAGAUCGCUGACCUGUCUACACGGAGGCUCGUGUUAUCCGCUCCCAAAACCAUGGUGCUCAUGUCUAGAUGGUUUCAAUGGUUCCACAUGUCAAAGUAGGUAGCAAGAAGACAUCAAUGCGUACAGUUUUGUGUGAAAAGAAUUUCUUGAAUCGGGAACCGGGAUGGUACAAAAUCAGAAACUCAAAUUAACUGAUGCAAUAUUCCAACAGUAGCCUUAUUCCAAAUAAGGGAUGUGAAUUAAAUCAUAAUUCCGAGCGAAGCUAGGAAAAUCAUGAUUUCCCAAUUUGGUACAACUGUAGCUUAAAUCACCGCUGUAAAACACGAUCUACCAAAUAAAAAACAACCCUCCUAAACGCCUAUCAUUUUUCAAUGUCUCUCUUAAAUUUUAUCUAAAUCGCCUCUAAAACAGCCGAGAUAUAAGCGUUUUAAAAGAUGUAGCACAAGGAAAAUUUUGCCUUAUGAAUUUACUCAUAGAUUGGUGUCCCCAAAGACGGCGCCCCUUCCAUAUACGUACAGAAAGUCUAAGUUUAAGUUAACCUUUAGCUGACUUCAACUGCUUUUCGUUUCGUUCACAGUAGAACAGCUAUUAGGUGCGCCUCUGAGAAAUCCCUUUUUAAAAGACUCUUGUUUGGUAAAUUUGUCAGUUAAUGAUAAUUUGUCUAACUGGCCCUGGUUGUUUAAACGUAAGAUAGCGGUAUCCACCAGAUCAAUCACUAUCCAGUCGAUAAGUAUUAGAGAAACCAAUUGCGCUAUCCAGUGGUUAAAGAUCAUAUCCAGUGGAUAGCGUUAUCGGCCUCUUUUGUACAACGGGGGUCUGUUUUUUACUGGUAUAUUAGCCAUUCUUAAGUAGCCCAAGAGACCGAGUCAGUGUUCUGGCAAAUCAUUGUACUAUGUGACUGUUCUGGAAACGCUAUAGCCCCUCCUUCAUGUUGAGAGAUGAAUUUAAAGGGGUUGUGUCACGGGAGUCCAGUUCAUUUUGUUUUAAUUUUGCCAAUUACUCUCCCUCAAUCUCUAUGGAACUUAAAGUAAGCAAAGAAAUUACAUGUAAAUGACAAAAUCAGAGAUCCGAGACAAACAAAUAUGUCUCCUGAGUUAUUUUUGAAGUGGCAGGCAGCAGGGAUCAACUUUGAAAAACUGUUAGGCUGAACAGUUUUCAAAAACCUUAAUUUCAAUCCGUUUCAAUCUUAAUCAGUUUUGCCCAUCUGUGGCAUUUGUUGUUUCUGUUACGUUAUUUUAACCUUCCUGUAAAGUUUUGAGCGGUUAUUUUGAUGUUUCUCGUAAUUCAACGGGCAUUUUGGAAUUUCCUAAUUUGGCUGAAUUUCGUGACACAGCUCCGAGUUUAACAUAAAAUUCAUCCCCCAAAUAGUCCCAUAAUGCAAUUCAACACAAGACCAACCCAAGCUAAAGUCUCAAGCGCAUCCUCUGAAUGUCCAAUACCUCUAUCCUCAAUAAAAUUAAUCCUUUCAGGUAGAGCAACCCUGAAUAGUUUAUCAUUGGUAGUAUCCCCAUAGGGAGACAGCCGACUGCCUUUUAGCCCUUACCGAAAGAACUUAAGCCCAUGGCCAGGUCAAACGUCAAAAUUCACAUGUGACGAACCUAGCGAGAAUAAUAGAUUUUGGCCAUGUAGCAUUAGGUUCUUCUCAUAAGAAAUUCGGCGUUUGACCCGGGCAUUGAUCUGUAAGCAAAACCCAAGAAGACUUCUUACAUUAUACUAUUUUUUUUAGAUGUUUUAUUAGAGAGCUUAGGGAUUGAAGACGAUACCAUCAUUGGAGAUGGUCAGCUGACAUCCAGUUCAGCAGAUUCCGGCCACGAGGCCUGGAAAGGAAGACUUCAUGGUAAAGGGAGCUGGAAACCAGGGAAAGGUGAUCGUGCCCCAGUCUACAAAGUGGCAUUCAAUUCACCAGUCAACAUAAGUUACAUAGCAACACAGGGUGCCCAGGAUGAUGACUGCUGGGUGACGUCAUUCAUGAUAAAAUACAAAUUGGGACACAGUCAACACGACUUCAAAAACUAUUCUCAGGUAGGAAAUAUAUAGAAAUUAUUUUAUGUGUGUACAUAACUUCAAUACAGCUAUUAGAGUGAUUUUACUUUACCCGUGAAAUAGGUAGUAGAUUACUACACACUACUUUGCUCUAGUUGUUAGUAUCCGUUUCAAGGGUCGAGUAAAAUCACUCUGUCAGAACUUAAGUUUUACAUGCCCGGAGUAUGCGUUUAGUGUUAUCGUGGGAAUGAUGGAGCGUAUCCAAAGACAAGACAAUCCGGUUAUUUUUAUGUUUCACUCAGCUUGGUAGUUCCCACUGUUUGAAUUUCGAUAGACUUUCGUGACGCAGCUCCUUGAAACCGUACCAAUGCGGCAACGAUGUUCAGUAAGGAGCGUUUACGGCUUUUCGGAUAAUAAGUGGUUGUAAGGACGGAAUGCUAUAAAUUCGUUUUCGGUCCUACUAAAAUGAAAGAUUCAUUCAGUGUGACACCCAAGAGAAAAUUAAGAAGCUUAGGCAACGACGACGACGACGGCAACGAGAAUGGGUUUAGAUUAGCAAAACAACAACUUUGAACGCGCUUCACGCUUUUUGUCCAUUUCUUUGUCGUCGUUGCACGACUACAACGUGAAAGUGCUUAAAUUCACGUUUUGUCGAGGACGGGAACACAACUUGAGACAACAAAUUUCUUUUUCUUUUCCUGAACUUUGAUACAGUCCUUUAGAAUUCAACUCCAAAAGCAUUUGCCAAUAUUUGUCGAGGUAAACGAGAUGGAAUAAGCGCAAAAAAGUUUGAAGCAGCGCGAAUUCACUUUUUAGGCGAUAAGUGACUGUUCCACCAAAGUUAUAAUUUAUUUUUAGACCAAUCAAAUGCUUAAAUCAAUCGGAAGUUGGUUCCCGAAGAGAUCCGCAAUCUUUUAUCCACUGUUGUCAAGAGGUGAAAAUGGAACACAUGCUCUGUUAGUGUAUCGCCAUUACAAUAUACGCAUUAAUUGCUUUCAGCGCAGUCACGUGUGUACUCCGUUGCAACCAAUCUAUUAAGAUGUGCGAACGUUCCAGGAAUAAUUGGACUUCCGUUUAAUUACUACCUCUAAAAAUAACUUGAGUGAAAUUCACAUAUCCCAGACAACGCCCUAAUAUUUCCUCUCUGUUUCAUUAUCGACUCUCUUGGACACCUCACUGCUACAUUGCCCACACAGACAUAAUAAAGAAACUACAUUUUGAUACAUUCUGAUAAGAGAAACACCGUUACUUUCCUUUUUCUCUCCUGCAGAUUUUCUCAGGAAACAAUGAUAAGGACACGGUUGUUUAUCAUCCUCUAAGACAGGGUCACCUCGCUAACGUGACAGAUCUCCAUAUUUUUCCAUUGACCUACCACAAUUGCACAGCCCUCAGACUGGGGCUGUAUAAGUAAUGUAAUUAUUGCAAGUAUUUAUCGCACAGGACACCAC